UUACACAGAUUCUCAUUAAUAUAUUCUAAUGAGGUAUUAAAGUCCCAAUCUGCUGUUUAUAAGGACAUUCAUGGACCAAUGUGAUCAAAAGGUCAGUCAUUUUUGGGAGAAAAAAAGUACUGUUUACACUGUAUGUGGCUUCUGAAUUUUUUGGCUGAAAAAUUUUAUUUAGUCGAUUAUACAUUUUUUAUUUUGGAUUGUACCUUUUUUGGAGGGGGUACUUGGAGCUUUUAUAAUUUCAUCUGCUAUUACCUUAAUAAGAUAACAAACUUUCGGUCGGUAAUAUCCUACCAAUUCAACUUCUUUACUAUGGAGAAUUUUUUCCAUCGUCAUUUUAACAAGUCGCAUCCUCCUGAUGUGGAUAUAAAGCCGAGUGUAAUGGCAUCGAAAGUGAGGCGCAAGUCAUGUGUUGGAGCCCCGUCGCUGGGGUUAUUGACACAGCGCCGGAUGUCCAUGCACCUUUGUCACAGCAAUAAAAAAGAUGAGAAGCGUAGGAAAUCCAGCACAGCUCCAGUUAAAGUAAACCCACGUUUUGCAGUCAAAGACAUCAGGAAACGGGCAUUGAAGUCUACAGAGAUUAACACCUUGGAAAAUCUUCUGUGGCAGAUAUGGCUAGAAUAUAAGCUUCUUGAACAUGAUGAUGCACAACCCAGUGACCCCGACAGAGGAGAAGACAUUAAUUCCCAACAAGCAUCAUCCAACACCAGCAGCAGUUCAGACAGUGAAACGGACAACACGAUUGUACCAAGGAAGGCAAUUUCUCGAUCUGGUCUUCAACAUCUGGCUCCUGUGCACUGCCCCACCUUGGCGAUCUCCAACGGGCCUCUGAAAGAACCUCGCACAACCCUCGACUGGACUGAGAAUGCCAUGAAUGGAGAGCACCUCUGGCAAGAAACAAACGUAUCUGGAGAUCUGUGUUACCUGGGAGAGGAGAACUGCCAAGUCAAAUUCUCAAAAUCCGCUGUGCGCAGAAAGUGUGCGGCUUGCAAAAUUGUGGUUCAUGCUGCCUGCAUGGAGCAACUAGAAAAGAUUAAUUUUAGAUGCAAGCCUACAUUUCGUGACGGAACUUCCCGUGCCCCAAGGGAGCAGAAUCUGGUGAGACAUCACUGGGUCCAUCGCAGGAGGCAAGAGGGGAAGUGCAAGCAUUGUGGGAAGGGUUUCCAGCAGAAGUUUUCAUUCCACAGUAAGGAGAUUGUGGCUAUCAGCUGUUCAUGGUGCAAGCAGGCGUUCCACAACAAAGUGACCUGCUUUCUGUUGCAUCAUAUUGAGGAGCCUUGCUCCCUGGGGGCUCAUGCUGCUGUUAUAAUCCCACCAAGCUGGAUCAUUAAGGUGAAGAAACCUCAGGUUAAUGCAAAAAAUUCCAGUAGAAGGAAGAAAAGGACAUCAUUUAAAAGAAAAGCCAGCAAAAAAGGCUUUGAGGAUAUUAAAGGCCGGGCCUUUGUAAUAAAACCCAUUUCUUCCCCCCUUAUGAAACCUUUACUGGUCUUUGUGAACCCAAAAAGUGGCGGGAACCAGGGCACAAAGGUUCUUCAAAUGUUUAUGUGGUAUCUGAAUCCACGACAGGUCUUUGAUCUCUCUCAGGAAGGCCCUCGAGAAGCACUGGAAUUGUAUAGAAAAGUGCCAAAUCUACGCAUUCUUGCCUGUGGUGGUGACGGAACGGUAGGCUGGAUCCUUUCUGUCUUGGAUGAGCUGCAGCUCAAUCCUCAGCCACCAGUUGCUGUUUUACCCUUGGGUACUGGAAAUGACCUUGCCCGCACCCUGAACUGGGGAGGGGGAUAUACAGAUGAACCUGUCUCCAAGAUUCUGUGCCAUGUAGAAGAUGGGACCAUAGUACAGCUUGAUCGCUGGAACUUGCAAGUGGAGCGGAAUCCAGAUCUGCUGCAUGACGAGUUGGAUGAUGGGACACAUAAGCUUCCAUUGAACGUGUUCAAUAACUACUUUAGUUUGGGUUUUGAUGCACACGUAACGUUGGAGUUUCAUGAAUCUCGAGAAGCAAAUCCCGAGAAAUUCAACAGUCGUUUUCGUAAUAAGAUGUUCUAUGCAGGGGCCGCCUUCUCUGAUUUUUUGCAAAGGAGCUCUAGGGACUUAUCCAAGCACGUGAAGGUUGUGUGUGAUGGCACGGACCUGACUCCCAAAAUUCAGGAACUCAAGUUUCAGUGCAUUGUCUUCUUAAACAUCCCCAGGUAUUGUGCAGGCACAAUGCCCUGGGGAAAUCCAAGUGACCAUAGAGAUUUUGAACCCCAGCGUCAUGAUGAUGGUUACAUUGAGGUCAUCGGGUUCACAAUGGCUUCUCUGGCUGCCCUCCAGGUAGGUGGGCAUGGAGAGAGGCUUCACCAGUGCAGGGAAGUUACUCUGCUCACAUAUAAGGCUAUUCCCAUGCAAGUAGAUGGGGAACCUUGUCGGCUUGCUCCCUCCCUAAUCCGAAUCUCCCUAAGGAACCAGGCAAACAUGGUUCAGAAGAGCAAGAGGAGAACAUCAAUGCCCUUAUUAAACGAGUUGCAAAUGAAAGGUCUUUGCUGGCUUACCCUCUCUAUGGGUGUUAUCCAUAAAGUGCACUCCGCUGACCACAGACGAGUUUCUGCUCCACCGGACUCCUUCACUGUCCCACAUUCUGUGCCAGAUCGGCUCCGCAUCCGAGUCAACAGAAUACGCUUUCAUGAGUACGAGGGACUACAUUAUGACAAGGAUAAGCUACGAGAAGCUUCUAUACCAUUAGGUAUAAUUGUUGUACGAGGAGACUGUGAUCUGGAGACUUGCCGGAUGUACAUUGAUCGCCUCCAAGAGGACCUUCAAUCUGUGACAGUGCACAGGGAUCACUGCCAGGAUCUCGAUAGCUCUUUUCCAAGGAUGCUCUCGGCUCAGCGACUCAACCCACGAUGGUGCUUCCUAGACGCUACCUCUGCAGACCGGUUCUAUCGGAUCGACAGAUCGCAGGAACACCUGCAUUUUGUAACAGAGAUUUCCCAAGAUGAAGUCUUUAUUCUGGACCCCGAGACAUCAGGCAGCCCAACUUGCGGCACAGCCACUGGGAUGCCAGAUCUUGUAGUUGAACAGCCCUGUGGGCCAUCAGAUUGGUGGACACCAACAAGUCGCAAACGGAUAGUAAGCGAUAGCUGUCUGCCGGGAAAAGUGUCUAUGUCAGAUAAAACCACCGAUACAGUGCCAGAUUCACCCACGACCAGCACUUUGCAGUCUCCAGUUUCAGCGGAAGAACAAGAGCUCGUAGAGGCUGUUUUAGCUGGAAACCUUGCAAAGGUCACAGAGUGUUGUGAUAAGGGGACGAGUCUGAGGAUCCAGGGACCUGAGAAGUGUUCACUUCUUCAUUUGGCAGCCAUGGCAGGACACACGGAUAUAGUAGUAUAUCUCUUACAACAAGGGCCAGCAGAAUUGUUGGAAAUUACUGACAAGUCAACGGGAGAGACAGCACUGCACAAAGCUGCUUUCCACGGCCAUGGGCGGAUUUGCCAGAUUUUAGUGGAUGCGGGUUCCUGUGUAAUAAAGAAAGAUGCCAUGGGGAAGACUCCAUUUGACAAAGCCCAGGAAGCAGGAGACUCUGACUUGGCCUCCUUCCUGGAGACUUGUCAAGCCAAGCAACUCCUUUCUAAUGAAGACCUUGAGACAGCAGUCUGAUAUGGGCAGCAUGGCGGUGGAACCAUUCCAGAAAGAGAUGAGAGAUCUUUUAACUGUAGGUUCCUGGAGAACACGCCCCAGGAGGAACAAGCUGGAUGAAAGGGAGACCCAUCCCUCAUGCAAAAUUACCAGUGGAGGGUGUGUUUCUAAGGGCUAACAAGACUUGCCACGGAACCGCCGCACUCUUGUCAAGUUGAUAGAGGCGGAAGUAGGGUGUGGAAUGCCAGAUCCGGGGCUGAACCCUUGCCACACGUGGAACUCAAUCUGUUUUCCAACCAGAAGCAUGAUCCUGUCCAGUGUCUAUUUCUUCACUUUGGUCACAACUCACACAGCCCAGUCAGAAGGAAAGUAUCGGCCUGCACAGUGUUAUAAACCUCACAUCUGUCUUGGUAUCUACGGUGCCGAAUUAUUAAAAUGGAAGAGACUGGA